AUGAGCGACGCGGCCGAGAUAGCAGCUCGCCGCUCGCCCGGGCGUUGCGCCUCGCUGCCGCUGCGCGCGUCGAUCCACGAGCUGGUACAGAGCAAGCAGCAGGCGCUGUGCGGUGGUUUGCCGCAAGAAAAAUGCGAGGCACCCCGGGUCCUCCGCAGCGUGCAGAGUGCAUCGAGGCUUCGAAGCCGCAGGCAGUCGACGACCAGCAGCACCGAUGUCGACCCACUCGAGACACGCCAUCGCCGGGCGUCGACGACGCACCCGGACAUUGUAGACGCGAAGGGGCGUCCGGUCGUCGGCGUCGCGUAUGGCAAAGGCACGAUGCAGUACGUCAAAUUCAGCUCGACCGAGGCGCCCGCAGCAUCGCACGCACCGCCGCCGCGCUGCGGGUUUUGCCACGGCAACAACAUGCUCUGGCAGCUCCAGUGCUCCUUCUGCGGCUGCCAGCGCGUGCGGGAGGCGCCGCGCAUGCACUAUGUCGUCAACACGCUUUUGAGUCUCGACCCGCACAUCACAGCGAGCAAGAUGGCACGCAAGCUGUUGCGCUACGCCCAGUUUGACGCCGAGGCCCUGAAAGCCGACGCCGCGUUCCGCCAAGCGACCAUGGUGCGGACCCGCGUCGCGAUGAAUAUCAUGAGUCGGACCUCUGACACGCUGCGCUUCCACAUCAUGCGCAUGAUCUUCAAGGCAUGGCACAAGGUCCGCGCCGAAGCGACGGCGAGCGAAGACAUCAUGGCGCGCCUCAUCCGCAUCAAGGACAUGCAAGCGCGGUCGCGGCGCAAGGCCGACACGUUCCGCGCAUGGGCCGCGUUCCGAGAAAUGUGCCAGGAGCAGCGUGCGCUGCGCUGGACGAUCGCGCUCGACAAACGCCGCAAACUCGCCAAGCAGCGUGUGUGGAUGCUCUGGAUGCGGUUCGUGACCAAGCGGCUUCGAAAGCGCUGUCAACACAUGAAGGACACUCUUUUGUCCAACAACCAAGCCCGGACGGCCGAGGAGCUUGUCAAGGCCAAGAGCUUGCUCAACGAAGUCAAAGGCUCGUUGGUCAUGGCCAUGGACCAAAUCGUCGCCGUGACGACCCAGCUCAUGCCACUUGUCGACCUCCGUCUCCAGCAGCUACUGCACUAUAAAGCCCUUGCGCCCGACACGGUCGCCUACGCCCUCGAGCCCACGUGCGCAUCGUCGGUCAUGGACGCACUCAUGGUCCACGACCUCUCGCUCGUCGCUGACAUGACCGUGCCCAAAAUGGACGUUCCGUUCGCCUCUAGUACGACGCUAAACGUCGUGGCAGCGCGGGUCACGGCCGAGCCCCCGCACGCAAUCGUCUUGCGCUGGGUGAACGCAGCGAUCACGAGCAUCAACGCCACUGCAUCGCUCACGGUACUCGCGCCGCUACCGACGCUCAGCGACGUCUACCUGCACAUGGCGUCGCCCAAGCUCUUUCUCCACUUGCUGUGGUAUUUUGUACCUGCGUCCAAAGCGACGUACGACAAGCGGUGGGACGAAGCCUGUCAUCGCGACCCACUGCUCGCAACAAGCACACACCACACACUACACCGCGCGCAGUGGAAACUCUUUUUUGAGCUGGCGGCGAUGUACGCAGCGCUCGGGCACGAGUUGGCGACCCGCGACGACAUGGAAAGCAGCGACUUUAGCGCCUACUAUUUGGUGCUCCUCCAUUUGUUUGUGCAGUUUUACGACCUCUCGGUGACGCCGCCGGGGAACGCACCGACGAGCGAGCUGCACUUGUCGAUCGACGGCGUCUGGGCCGCACUGCGCCCCGAUAUCUUUCCAGCGUACGAGUCGGACGCCGCGACGCGCGAGAGUUGCCGCAACAUUUUACGCGACCUCGAGACGGUCCAGCACGCCCAAGCCCACGCGCUGCGACUGCACCACGCAACGGCACUCAUCGUGGGCCAGCACACCCAGCACACGCUCGCGUCUGGCUUCGAGGACCUCGCACGCCGCAGCAGCGGGCGAUGUACCAAUGUGCAAGUGGCGCUCGAGAAGCAGCGCCUCGCGACGUCCGUGACGCUCAACUACAGCCGCCUCGAGUUCAUAUGUCCGCUCCCAGACGACUUUAAAGCGAUCCAGAGCCUCCUCCAGACGCACGUGGUGCCGCUCCUUGAUUUGUUCAAGAGCUGCGGCGUGAGCGCCGCCGCCACGACCGACGCGCCGCCGUCGCUUGUGGGGAGCGUCACGGACUUUGUCGAGAGCAAACUCUUGAAGCUCGCGGCCGAGCGCGCGAAGCAGAGCCUGACGCUCUUUAAGCGCCAACUGGGCGCCUCGGACGUGCAAGCUGUCGUGCGCGCCGCCGACAAGAAGCUCAAAAAGGUGUUUGCGUUCUACGCUGUCGAGCACCGGGCCAAGAGCAUGAACCUCGCGGAAUUCAGCAAUUGGUUGAAAGACCGGCAUUUGAUUGACGCGAUCUUUCCGGUCGCGCGCGCCAAGCUCGUCUUUCUGAGUGCGAUGCACCACACGGAGGCGACCGUCGCGUCCAACGACCUCGAGCUCGACUUGACGUUUGGCGAAUUCAUUGAAGCCGUCGUCGCCGUGGCCGUGUACCGCAACCCGAACCCAUACCUGCCGCUGGCCGACCGUCUUCACCUCUUCUUCAACGACCACUUGUCGUCCUGA